CAAGAAAUUCAACAAGUUGGUUGUUAACUCAAAAACGUCGCUAAACGUAAGCAUAAAAGUACAAUAUUAUACAUUAUACUUUAGUGACAUUAUUAUUCACAAGUCAUUAAUAAUUCUAGCCUAUUCAAUAGUUUAAAAUAAUAUAAUAAUUUUUUUUUUCUAUCAAUACACAAUAGUGAAUAAGUAUACAGGGUGUAACACGAAGUUCUGCCACUUGAAAUAACUUCUAUUCAAUGUUUUUAAUAUAUAUAUAUGUUACAGUUAAAAUCCAAAAUCCGUCAAAACUAGUUUCCGCAAAUUCUUUAAAUCAAUUCUAAUUUUGACUAGAUAAAACUAGAAUUAACUACAGAUUUAAAUAAGUCUGUCAAAACUAGUUUUUACUGAAACGCAUGUAUUCCAGCCGGCACUACCUAAAACGCACGCAAUUGCAUGCGAUUUAAAAAUAUUGCUCCAUGAAUUCGACUGGCCGGCUAACAAAUCAUUUAAGAUAACUUUAACCAGUCGUCCAUCCAAUAACUUUUAGAUAUGAUAACUUCGACCGAUUAUACCUUACAGACAAUAAUUCGGCCUCUGUAGCAUUUGUUAUCGUGUUUUCAGUUUUACCAGUUCGUUUGUCUUCGUUAUAGUCCGUACCUACGUGUGUAUUUGUCUCGCGCAACUAGUUAAAAAUAUAAAAAUUUAAAUUACGCAUUUCACUAGAUAAUUCUAGUUUUGACCAAUAAUUUUUUACCAGUGAAGGUCUUAGUUAAUUCUAGUUUUAAAUAGUCAAAACUAGAAUUGACUAAAGGGAUUUGUGGAAACUAGUUUUCACUAGUUAAAACUAGUUUUGACGGAUUUCGGUUUUUACUGUAACAUGUAUAUAGUAAAUAAUUAAUAUGCCUCUGUGCUAUUAUAUUUGUAUGGACAUUUUUCUAGGGGAAAGAAGGAACUUAAAGUAAAAAAAAUUUUAAAUUGCCAUUUUGUAAAAUAGAUUUUUAGAAACUUUUUGGUACUUAAAACUUUUGUUUAGGUGUGGCCUUUUAUUUUAUAUAAUGUUUUAGAGUUUUGGCAAAUAUAAAUAUUAUUGUGGCUUAUAAUCUGUUAUAGUAUUUAAUUAGUAGUCAGAGUACAUCAAAAAACAAGGAUUUCAUUGUUCAUAAGUCAAUAUCGUACAAUAAUAAGUAAUAAUAAUAACUACUAAUGAUUUUCUUGAAGAAAAUUAUAGUAAAAUUAAAAAUUUUUUAUUUUAAGUUCUCCUCCUAAACAAAAAAAAAAAAUGUUUUUGUACCUAUAGCACUGAGAAAUACUAAUUAUUUUUAAAAAUAUAUAUUUAUAUAAAAUAUAUUUAUAUAUAUAUAUAUAAAACAUACUGAAUAGAACAAAAGUUAUUAAGUGGCAAAUCUUCGUGUUACACUCUAUAAUUAUUAUAUUAAUUCUUUCGAAAUUGAAAAAUAUAUGUUGUUGAAAAGUUUUAUUAUAGUUGUAUAGUUUAAAGAAUGUAUCAUUCAAUUUUAAUUUAUAUAAAAUACAAUACAUAUAUACUAUUACUGUAUUAAUGUAAUAAUUAUAAUGUUGUAUUUAUUUAUUUGUAAUAUAGGUACUUUUGUUUUAUAAGUAUUUAAAAAGUAUACGAAACCAUGGGUAGCUGUACAUUUAUUGUCUGCAGCACAUUGCUACUGUUCCAGUUGUUCACUACUAAACACACUUCUGCUGAAAACGAUUUACCGUUCAUCAGGUAAUCCAAAAACUUUUAAUCUGAAAUAUUAACAUUAUUGAUAAUUAUAAUUAUUUUAUUUAUAUAUUUUACACCUAAAAUGGUUAAAUAUUACAAUUAUUUUACCAUUUAAGUAUAAAUUAAAAGGAAAAAAAAUGCUUAUAUUUAAAGUUAUUUAUAUGGUUUAUGAUACCAUAAGUAAACUAUAAGACACCUAUUCAAAAACUAAGCAGAUGAAAAUGCAUUAUUUAUCCAAUAAAAAUACUAUAAAAAUUAUAUUUAUAUAUAUAUUUUUACUGAUUUAUAUUUUAUAUUUAAUUAUAGUAAAACUUACAAAUGCAUAAAUAAUACGUGUAUUAUAAGCAAAUUUCAAAAUGAGAAAAAUGAAAAUUAUGGAAUAAAUGAAUCUUUAGAUGUUUGCCGUUUAACUUGUGGUCAGUAUGGAUCACUUUGGCCAAGACCAACUAUCACAACUAUCAUAAAGUAAACACGAAAAACUUAUUAAUAAACUAUAAAUUAACUUAAUGUUACUUAAUUCGUACUAAAAUAAUAAUUCGGAUUUAUAAACUCUAGAGAUUCAGUAAUUGAAUUCGGACUUGAUAAUAUAACAUUCAACACGUCUUCAGUGGUUGACGACCUCGGAAAAGAAUACACGACAGAAGUAGCCUUGGUUUGGCUAUCUUCUUUAAAAAAACUUUGCGAGCCACAGUGUUCUCCAAACGUAAACAAUCUGACUAUUCAUGUAACGACAGUCACUCCUUUCACUAAUCUUAAGUGGUCAACAAACGAAAGUUAUUCUCUGAACAUAUCUACUAAUUGUAAGGAAGAUUUUAUUUUUUAUUUUUUAUGACAACUUUUGCAAUAAAAUAUUUUUUUUUUUUAGUGGAUCAAAUAACUGUUAAUAUAACAGCACAAACUGUGUACGGGGCUAGACAUGGAAUGGAAACAUUACGACAACUAAUAUCAACUUACAAGUCUAAUUAUUCUAACAAGACACUAGUGAUUGCUAGAGAAGUACAAAUAAUAGAUGAACCUAUUUAUACACAUAGAGGAUUUAUGCUUGACACCUCAAGGAAUUAUUUCCCGCUAUCAUCAAUCAAAAGAACAAUCGACGCUAUGGGUCAUUCUAAACUCAAUGUAUUCCAUUGGCACGCAACCGACUCCCACAGUUUUCCUUUAGACUUGCCUAGCGCACCACAAAUGGCAAGGUGAGACGUGAUUAUAAUCUAAAGUUAUAGUUAAGUAGAGUGAUAUGUAUAUAAUGUAUUGUGAUAUAUUUAUUGCCGCAGGUAAUUUUAUAUAGUACCUUUAACAAUAACUAUAUUAAAUAGUUACUCAAAUACUUGUCCCAAACUAUAAAAACGAGAAACGUGACAAGAAAACAGUAAAUAAUGCUAAUGAAUAACAAAAAUUACUUAUUAUUAAUAACUAUUAUGUGCUUAUUUCAAAUAUAUAAUAGGACCUACUACAAACCAAAUUAAUAUUUAUAUAUAUUUAACAAACUUAAAAUAUAAGUAUAACUAUACUUACGAGAAGCUACUUUAAAUAUUAAAACAUACUAUUUUUAUUAUAUUUAUUUUAGAUACGGUGCUUAUAGUCCUGAGAAAAUAUAUUCAUACGAAGAAAUCAAAGAUCUCCUCAGAUAUGCAUUAGUUAGAGGAGUUAGAAUCAUUAUGGAAAUUGAUUCACCAGCACACAUGGGUUAUGGUUGGCAAUGGGGUAAAGAAGCCGGAUACGGUGAUAUGGUUAUUUGUCUGGGUAAACACCCGUGGUGGGAUUACUGUUUACAGCCACCGUGUGGACAACUUAAUCCGCUAAACAAUAACACAUACAUGUGGUUAGGAAAAAUAUAUAAAGAUUUGGUUAGCGUAUUUCCUAAAGGAGAAACGUUCCACAUGGGUGGCGAUGAAGUAAUUUAUUUUUAUAUAAUAAAGUCAUAUUCAAAGGGGGAAAAAUUCGAAUUUUAAUACUACUUUUAAAUACAGGUCGCUGUACGAUGUUGGAACACAACAGCUGAAAUUGUUGACUGGAUGCGGACCAAUAACCGAAGCCUGACUGAGAAUACUUAUCUAGAUUUAUGGUCUGAGUUUCACAACAAAGCAUUAAACGUAUACGAUAACGAAGUGGGUGAUUCGGAUUCGGAUAUAAUUGUUUGGUCCAGUGGCUUAACCGAACCACAUAUCAUAGAAAAACAUCUCACUAAAGAACGGUAUACCAUAGAAGUCUGGCAAGGAAAUACAGUAUCGAUGGAUUUAGCGAAUUUAGGUUAUAAAGUAAUCGUGGCCGUAGAAGAUAUAUAUUAUUUAGAUCACGGAUUGAGGCCACCAACGACUUAUCAUUCGUGGAAAGUUAUUUACAACAACAAAUUGCCGACAGUUAAUAAUUCAAAUCUUAUUUUGGGAGCUGAGGUAAUAUGCAAAAACCCUAUAAAACAUUUAUACUGCUAAUAUUGCUGGCCAUAUGUAAUUCAAAAUUAAUUAUAAUGAUAAAUAUUUUUAGACGUGUAUGUUUUCUGAAUUUGUUGACGACUACAGCUUAGAUAUUAAAGUAUGGCCGAGAGCUGCAGCUUUAGCUGAAAGACUAUGGACAAAUCCACCAACCGAUGCAUUAGCUGCUGAAUAUAGGUACGCACAACUAAUUUAAUUUUUAUUGGAACCGAAGAAAGAAAAACUAUCCAAAAAUUAUUAUUGCAUUUUCUAGGUUGUUGCAACACCGUGAAAGACUCGUAACGCUAGGACUCAAACCGGAUAGGACUACUCCAGAAUGGUGUAAUGACCGUGAGGGCGAAUGUAUUAUUAGUUAUUAAUUAUUCAAAAUAUAAAAAUACCUAGUAUUAUAACUUAAUAAAAUCCACAUAGGUUAUCUUUUUAUUGUUAUCGACCAAAUGAGUGAAAUUAUUAUGUACCGAUAUGAAAUGUAUUAGUGUUCGAAAACUUUUGGGUUGAAAAAUUACAAAUAAUAUAAUAUAGUGAUAAUAUUAUUGUUUAGUUUGACAAAA